ACUCUGUUUUGAGGUUCUGAGUUUUAUAUUAGUGAGGUUGAGGUUGAGAACAGUCGAGUGUUUUGUGACAUUUUAACCAACGAUUUUGUUGUCAUUAAAUUGUUAAUUUAACAUAAUAACAAUAACAAUAAUAAUAAAAUUUAUUUUUUACUGCCUAGUUUUACUUUUAUUCUGAUAAUUUAAAAUAAUUUCAGUUUUUGUUUAAAAUAAAUAAUAAAUUUAAAAUUGCAAAUGAUUUCUUUGCAAUCUCAUAAUCAGGUGUUAUAUCACUUGACUCAGUUAUUAUCGACAUGUUCACCGAAAUCGUCAACUUAUUCACGAAUAAAUAAACAACAUGUAGAUAAAAAUAUAAACAGCGAGCAGUUUUGCCAAGAAAGUUUGAAUGAGGCGUCGAAAAACUUAAAUGCUCUGUUGUGGGAAAAUAUGGACCCCAAUAAAUUACUAAAACUACAGCCGUCCCAAAGAUUUAAAAAAUCACAAUUAAAAAAAAUAAUCCGUAAAUUAAACAAUAAUCUGAAUGAAAUCAAUAGAGGGAUUUCUGGUGAAUCAAUCAAUGACAUGAAUUGGAAAGUGUCAUAUGUAUCAGGAUUUAAUUUCAAUGAUAAUAAACGUGGUUUUAUAUUCAAUUCAUCACCUUGUAUUCAUUCUGGUGAAAAUGGAGGAGCACAAUUAUUAUAUUAUUUACCAGCAAUAAAUAUACCAGGACAAAAUAUUUCAACGCGUGGUUUUAAAACAGUUCGUAAUGUCACUGCUGAGAAAGAGAGAAAUCCAACACUCACUAGUCGAUUCAAGGCAUGGAUUGGACUUUCGAAAUUAGGAGAAGAAAAGCCAAAGGUGUCAAUCGACCGAGUGGAUCUCGAGUUGUUAAAAAACAUUCUCAGCAACAAGGAAUUAUCAAACUCGGAUAGACAACGUAUCAAAGUUGCAUUCGCUGAAGGAUAUAUUGCCGGAAAUGACAGAAAAGCACCAGCACGCUCGUGGAAAUGGUUAAAAAUAGCCCAGUCAGUACUGAUGUUUGCAACACUUUUUUUCGUCUUUGUAUCAUUAACGGGUGUGUAUAAAAAAUCUGGUGGCAGCGGAAGUAUGUUCAGAAUUUCAUUGGGAUCUCAUACUGCAAUCGACCCAGAAGAAAUAAAUGUUACCUUCGAUGAUGUCAAGGGUGUAACUGAAGCCAAGCAAGAAUUAAAAGAUGUAGUAGAAUUUUUAAAAAAUCCAGAUAAAUUUUCGGCACUGGGUGGACGUUUACCCAAAGGAGUUUUAUUAGUCGGACCACCAGGUACUGGUAAAACACUAUUAGCCCGUGCAGUUGCUGGCGAAGCACACGUACCAUUUUUUCAUGCUGCUGGACCAGAGUUUGAUGAAAUCUUAGUCGGUCAAGGUGCAAGACGUGUGCGGGAUUUAUUCAAAGCUGCUAAAGAACGUGCACCGUGUGUUGUAUUUAUUGAUGAAAUAGAUUCCGUUGGUGGCAAACGUACGACCUCAGUAAUUCAUCCUUACGCUAAUCAAACAAUAAAUCAAUUAUUAUCUGAAAUGGACGGAUUUCAUCAAAACGAAGGCGUUAUUGUAUUAGGCGCUACUAAUAGACGUGAUGAUUUAGAUCAAGCACUGAGACGUCCAGGACGUUUUGAUGUUGAAGUUUAUGUUCAUAAACCAGAUUUGAAAGAUAGAAAAGAAAUAAUUGAAUUAUAUUUAACUAAAAUAUUAACUAAAUCAUUGGAUGUUGAUGCAUUAGCACGAGCGACAACCGGAUUUACAGGAGCUGACAUCGAAACGAUGAUCAACCAGGCAGCUCUGAGAGCGGCUAUCGAAGGAGCUGAUUAUGUUUCAAUGGACCACUUAGAAAAAGCUCGUGAAAAAGUUAUUCUGGGUCCUGAAUUAAAGGGACGUAUGCCGGACAAAGAAGAAAACCGCAUAACAGCAUACCAUGAAGCUGGCCAUGCAUUAGUUAGUUAUUAUUCAAAGGAAUCGCAUCCAUUAGCUAAAGUAACAAUUAUUCCAAGAGCUGGAAGUCUUGGUCACACAAGUUAUCUACCUAAAAAAGAUAUUUAUCAUGAAACAAAGUCACAGCUUUUAGCGAGCAUGGACACGAUGCUCGGAGGUCGGGCUGCUGAAGAAUUAAUUUUUGGACCAGACAAAGUAACAACCGGUGCAUCAAGUGAUCUUCAGAAAGCAACAGAAGUCGCAGAAGCGAUGGUUAAAAAUUACGGUAUGUCAGAGAAAGUUGGAUUCAGAUCUGAAAUAAAAAACAGUAGACAAGAAAAUACUUCCGAUUAUAGUCCUAAUACAACUGAAAUUAUUGACCUCGAAGUUAAACGUCUCUUACAGGAAUCAUAUGACAGAGCUAAAUCAAUUUUAAAAAUUCAUGCUAAAGAACACAAACUUCUUGCUGAAGCGUUACUGAAAUAUGAAACUCUCGACGCUGAAGAAGUCCAAGCACUUUUGAAUGACAAAAAAGUUGAAUCAAUUGGAGAUAAGAGAACACCGAUAAUAGAUGUACCGACAAAUGUUAUGUGAAUUUGUUUAUUGUAAUUAAUAAAGACUGAAGUGUUUAUUAACGAGAAAAAAAAAAUGUUCAUUUUGUCAGCUGUGUUAAAUAAUUAAAAUAAAGUUUUAACAACAAUCUAAUUAAAAUUUAUAAUACAUAAUAUGUAGAUAAAUAAAUUAUAAAAAUUAA